AUGGCAGCAAGAUCAAGAGUGACAAGAUCCGGCCGAUUGAACCCUGAUUCUGAAACUGGGCAAGUUAUUGAUGUUCCUUUUAAUGGAGAUGUGGUGAACCCAUCUGUUCAAACACCCGUGAAUCCUCCACAAAUGAUUCCUACUAGGAACCCUGAAAAGGAGAAAGAAUCCCAUGAACUACCAAUGUGUGAUAUUGCUACGAUGAUGUCUUUACUCCGUCCCGUUGCGUUUCGUCCCUGGAUCAUAAUUAUAGGUUUACUCGUCCAUUGCAGUUGCUCUAAGAGAGGAAGGAAAGGUGGUGAUAGAAAGAAAGCAGUAACAAAAUCAGUCAAAGCUGGUUUACAAUUCCCAGUUGGUAGAAUCACUCGUUUCUUAAAGAAAGGUCGUUAUGCUCAACGUGUUGGUUCUGGUGCUCCAGUUUAUCUCGCCGCUGUUCUUGAAUAUCUAGCCGCUGAGGUUUUGGAGUUGGCUGGAAAUGCUUCCAGGGAUAACAAGAAAUCAAGGAUUAUACCAAGGCAUUUACUGUUGGCAGUAAGGAACGAUGAAGAACUAGGAAAGUUGCUUGCUGGUGUUACUAUUGCUAGUGGUGGAGUUCUUCCAAAUAUCAACUCUGUUUUGUUGCCAAAGAAGGGUCUUGAGAAAGAAACCACACCCAAGUCUCCUGGAAAAUCUCCCGCUGGAAAGUCUCCAAAGAAAGCUUAGAUCUAGUUUCUGUUUACUCUGGGUACAGUCUAGCUAUUAUGUAACUAAAUGUGCAAUGAAAUGAAAUCUAGAAACUCUGGGAUGGGACUAUUUUGGUGGUUCAAAUUAUCUGUUUUUUUGGGGGUUAGUUUUUACAGAUUUAAAUCUGAUUCGGGUUUCAAUGUUCAUAGGCUUCUUCGGAAUAAAGUGAUCUACUUUCUUGACAUAUUGACUGUUAAAUCCUUUAUAAGCUGCUAGCAGUCUAUCAAA